AUGAAUGAGGCUAUCAGGAGCAGCGCUAGCAGCAGCCUGAGAGGUUAUUUUCUCGAAAUCAGAGGCAACAGCAACGACAACGGAGGGGAGGGCAGCAGCACGAGAAGCAGUGAUAGCAGACCGGAUGCUAUAAGGAGCAGCACUAGCAGCAGCACGAGAGACAACGUUCUCAGGAGCACCGGUAACAGCAACAGCACGGACAACGGAAGAGUGGCCAACAGAAGCAGCAGUGGCAGAAGCGGCAAUGACCUGUACACAAGCCUCCCACCAAACCUCUUUCCGAGCCUCUUCAUCCGGUUCUCCCAGCGCAUCUCCCAGGGUCACUUCCGGCAGGUCCGCCUCUUCAGGCUCGGCAUUCUCCCGAGCCUACUCUUCCGGUUCGGCAAGGGUCUUCCAAAGCUGAGGCUCAGCCGAAGCGAUCACUCAAGCAGUGAGGGGGGUCGUUCGGGCAGCAACAGAAGAAAGACUGUUUAUCCUCCUGCUGCUCCAGUCAACCUCCCGUCUUCCCCAUCUUCCUCUCCUGCUCCCCCUUCCUCACCUCCUCUCCCUCCCUCCCCUGACUUCACUUCCUCCCCUCCUCUCCCUCCCUCUCCCCACACUCCAGACGCUUAUCCCUCUCCCUCACCUCUUCCCAACACUUCUCCCUCUUCUCUUUCCCUCGCUCCUCUUCCCUCUAUCCCUUCCUCCCCUCCUUCCCCCACCCCGUCAUCGCCUCCUCCCCUGUCCCCACUGCCGCCGUUUUGGCCUGUCUCCCCCUCUUCCUCCCCUCUCUCUCCCUCUGCCUUCUCUUCCCCCUCUCCCUCCCCCUCUCCUUCCCCUUCCACCCCCCUCCCACCAACCUCCCCUAUUGAAAGGAGAAAGGCAGCAGCUGCAGCCGCAGCAAGGCGGAAAGCCAUUGCCUCUGGUUCGGCGCCUGCUGGUUCGGGUUGUUCUGGUUCGGUCACAGGCUCGGUUACAGGUCCGCAUGAUGACGUCAGCAGCACCAUGUCACGGUGCCAUGAUGACGUCAGCAUCGCCAUCUGCAACAUCGCCAUCCAUGCCGGCCGGGAUGGUGGGAGCGGGGAUGGUGGGUCUGGCCGGCAUGACAGCUGGCAUGGGCUGGCAGCAGAACCCCAUAAUGACGUCAGCAGAGCAACCCAUGCUGACAUCAUCAGGCAACCUGGUGGCAACUGCCAUGAAGCUUCCUCCUCCGCCUCCUGCAUUUUUAGACGCCACCACGGUGCGGUGCAGAGCGGUGGCAGUGGUUUACAGCUCACAGGUCUGCAGCAGCGCAAUGGGGGGAUGAUGCUGCCUGAUGGAUCGAUGCAGUCAGCAGGGCACAUGGGGAUGAUGACGUCAGCAGGCCAACACAUGAUGACGUCACCUGCUCAUGCUCCUCCUAGACUCACUCAUACCCACUCACUCUCCCCCUCUCUCCCACUCUCCCCUUCACACCCUCUCCCGCCCUCACACCCUCUUUCCCCUUCACACUCUCUCUCCUCCUCUCACCCCGAUGCUCACACUCACUCACUAUCCCCACCGCACCCCCUCUCCACAUCACAGUACACCAUGAUGACGUCACCGUCUCACUCAAUGCUGACGUCAUCCGUGGCAGCAUCAGGCAUGGCUUACCCCUCAGCCAGCAUACCAUACGCAUCCACUGGUGCUGUACCAUCCAUGUCCAUGCCCUCUCAACAACCAUCUAUGGCUUCACAACAACCCAUGCCAUCACAACAACAAUCCAUGUCUAUACCCUCUCAACAGCUACCCUUGGUUCAGCAGGAUUCGGUGACGUCAGGAGGAUACGGGGGUGGGACGGUGGUGGCUGUGGGGGGUGGAGAGAGGGAGGGGCAGCAGCAGCAGAUUGUGCCUGGUGCUGAAAUGGGUGAGAAGCAGCAGCAGCAGCAGCAGGGGAGGGGGAGGGCAGCAACCACAACCGUCACUAGUAUCAACCCAAUGAUCCCGCCUAGAAUAAUCGCUGCUAUUUACUCGAAAAUACCCGAGGGUAUUUCCCCUGAGCUGCAACAGCAGUGGGUGGAGCAGCAGCAGCAGUCUUACUUGCUGCACCAGCAGCAGAAGCAGCAGCGACGGCAGCAGCAGGAGGAGCAACGGCAGCAGCAGGAGAGGGAAAGGAAGUUACAGGAAGAAAUAAUGCAACAGCGGAGAGCAGAGGAGAGGGAGAGGGAGAGGGAGAGGGAAAUGGAGAGGGAAAGGGAGAGGGAGCGGGAGAGGGAAAUGGAGAGGGAGAGGAGGGAGAGGGAAAGGGAGAGGGAGCGGGAGAGAAGGGAGAGGGAGAGGGAGCGGGAAAGGGAGCAGGAGAGGGAGAGGGAGAGGGAGAUGGAAAGGGAGAGGAAGAGGGAAGCAGAGAGGGAGAGGGAGAGGGAGAUGGAAAGGGAGAGGAAGAGGGAAGCAGAGAGGGAGAGGGAAAGGGAGAUGGAAAGGGAGAGGAAGAGGGAAGCAGAGAGGGAGAGGGAGAGGCGGAGGAAGCAGAAGCAGGAGCAGAAGCCACUAGCAGUGGUGAUGCUGAUGCAGUCCAUGGGAGCACGCAAGAAGAACGAGAGCAGGGAAGGAGGAAGGGCGGGAGGAGGUGGGGGAGCAGCGAUGGGAGCAGACGGAUGGGAUGGAUCUCCUUCUGCCCGUCAACGUGGCCAGUGCAGGGACUCGGAUUAUGUUCCUUGCCACUCAAGCCUCUGUGCCGGAAGCAGCAAGGAGAAUGGGAAGUGGAGGGAAUGGCUCAUUAGUGUGAAGGACAGUACAGGUACAUGGAUGGGGUGGGGAGUAGGAGGGAAGCAGUACGGAUGA